AUGGCGGAUGAUGCCAUUAAAGAACAGUUAGAGAACGCCCGCAAAGCGUUCGAGGCGCAGAAUUAUCAGGCGUGUGAGGUGAUCCUUCAGAAGAUGCCGCAGGAAGAUUUAAAGGCGCAGCACAACCUGGCCAUUGUGCGACUGCUGCAGAACCACGCAGACAUGGAGCAGACCAUCGCGGCGCUGGCUGAUAACUCGACAGAAGGCCUCCCCAUGCUGAAUGAGAGGGAGGGAGAGACAAAGAAUUCAGUUUCCCUCCUGUAUGAAGGACAUGAAACGGCACACUUUAAUCGUGCACUACUUCUUGCAAGGUCGGGACUUUUAAACGAGGCGGCGGGUAUUCUUCGCGGCCUGCUUGGGAUGCAUAACAGCAUUACACCGGCAGUCCUGGGGCGUGCGUUGUGUCUUUUACAAACGAUUACACGCAUUCCAACAAAGGCGCACCAUCGCCAACGCUCGGAUGAUGAAUUGAUUCAGAAAGUAAUCACGGAAAACAUGAGUAAGUUUUCGAAGGAUCCCGCACUUCUGAGUAUGGUGAAGGGGGCAUUUGCAGACUCCAGCACCAUCCACGAAAUGCCUCACAAUUCCGAUGCAGACUGGGCUGUAUACUUUAACAAUCUUGGUGUCCUAACCAUGGGCGAUUCUAAAAUGAACGUGGCCUCACUUUGCUUUGCGAAGGCAGAAAAGGCUGCCGCGCAAUGCAACACCCCCCUGAUGCGGCAUCCUAUUGUUUACAACGCUGGCCUUUGUGCAUUACUACGUGGUGAGUACGA